UCUAGCCACUCUCUCUCUCUCUCUCUCUUCGCCUUGAUCUUUUUCUCAAUAUUGGGAGUGAUCUCCGGUCAUCUUGUUGGGUUUCUCUUUGAUCAUCACAUUCUAUCUAGCUCCGCCUCACAGAGAUCCAAAGCUAGCUGCUUCAAGCAGAUCAUAUGGUGGAUAUCCAGAGUGCUGUCUGCUGCAUGUGCGGCGACGUGGGUUUCCCCGACAAGCUCUUCCGCUGCAACAAAUGCCGCAACCGCUUCCAGCACUCGUAUUGUAGUAACCACUACAGCGAAUUUGCGGAGCCGAUUGAACAGUGCGAUUGGUGCCAAAGUGAGGAAAGGAGCAAAAAACAAGGCAUAAGCAGCUCCUCAUCAAAGAAACCUGAGGCAGUAAACGAGACCAGAAUUAUCACAAGCCGGUCUGAGUAUUCUGGAGAUCACAAAAUAAAGCAGCAUGAUCAUCGCGAAGACAGCGCCGACAAAGGAAAGAGUCCGACACCUUCCCCACGGACCGCUACGCGCAGGUACAAGCUUCUCAAGGAUGUAAUGUGUUGAGAUCAGAGAUGAUCAGCAAGAUUCUUUGUCAAAAAGCUAGCCUUGUGUUGAUCAUAUAGUAGUAGCAAAUGUUAAUAAUAUGAUAUAAGACGUACGUUGUUCCUGGUCGCGUUCGUAAUUUGGACGUUCCGAACGAGUACUCUAACUCGUUUGUGCUGUGGUUUUCAGUAUUAUUUGUAAAUAAAAAUAAUGGAGCUUUCUUAAUUA